AUGCUGCAGCCCAGCAUGGACCAUUUUCCGCCAGCGUUGCAACUCUUGGAAAAGAGACGGGAGUUGACGGAUGCUGACCAGAGCCUGCGCGAGCAUAGGGAGGAGUUCCAGGCCAGAAUGGCAGCUCUGCGACAGCGCCAGGCUGAGCUGGAGCAGCAGGAACAGGCGCUGAAGGAGUCCUUGGCGCGCUCCGACAAGUUCCUGCAGGAGGUUGAGGCCAGGCGCAGCCGCGCACUGCAGAGGGCGGCGCGGGAGCGGCACCUGGCGGGCUGCCGGGAGGCGGAGGCGCUGCGGCUGCGGGACCAGCUGGAGAAGCUGCGCAGGGAGCACGCGCAGCUGCAGCGCAGACUGCAGCGCCUGGAGCCCUGUGCACGCCUGCUGGAGAAAGCGCUGGAGCAUCUGCCUGAGUUCCAGGAGGUCCCUGAGCUGGUGGCGCGCUUCGACGGCCUGGCCGACACGCAGGCGGCUCUGAGGCUCACAGAGCGCGAGCGGCUGGCAGAGCUGAAUGCUGCCCGGGCGCGACUGCAGCGGCUGCAAGACGCCUGGCAGGACGAGCUGCUGGGGCAGGGCCAGCGGCGCGCAGAGCUGCAGGAGCGGCUAGAGGCAGCGCGGGAGCGCGCGCUGCAGUGGGAAUCUAAGUGGAUCCGGAUCCAGAACACAGCGGCUGCAAGGACCUUGCUCCUCGGCCGCACCAGGAUGGCGGCGCUCAACCUCUUCCAGGCUGUGUGUCAGCACCAGAGGCAACCUCCGACUCUGGACAUGGAGGACACGGAGGGGCAGCUGGAGCAUGUGAAGCUGUUCAUCCUGGGCCUUGCAGCCACGCUGGCUGGUGUUGCGCAGGCCGAGGUGCAGCCCCUGCUUGCUGGCUCCGACCCAGCAAGGUGGGCGACCGGCAUGGAGUUCAUGGUGCCUGGCUUCAGCUUCUGGCUUGGAGAAUGA